AUUAUGGCUAUAACUGGUGGGGCAGUGGAAACUCUGGAUGAAAUCCCAGCUCCCGUGUGGAAAGGUUUGCCGGACUGUUUGAGUCUUGGACCUUCUGCUAUAAAUCAGAACCGCAUCGGUGUCUGGGCCACACAGGUCAUUCCUAAAGGCAAGAGGUUCGGCCCGUUUGUCGGAGAGAAGAAAAAGAGGUCCCAGGUGACGAGUAAUGUUUACAUGUGGGAGGUUUAUUUCCCAGCUCGGGGAUGGAUGUGUGUUGACGCCACAGACCCCAUGAAGGGGAACUGGCUUCGAUAUGUGAACUGGGCGCGCUCCAGUGAAGAGCAGAAUCUUUUCCCUUUAGAGAUCAACAGAGCCAUUUACUACAAAGUUUUAAGGCCUAUCGGGCCGGGAGAGGAGCUGCUGGUGUGGUACACUGUGGAAGACAACCCUGAGAUAACAGCUGCACUGGAGGAAGAAAGAGCCAGCAGUCUGAACAGGAAAAACUCACCCAGGGCAAAGCGAGCCAGAAGAAAGUUACUGGAGAGAGCCAGACAGGCUGGUUUGGGCAGAUUCAAGAGAACAAGUGUAACUGAACCUACUGUUAAGGAAAUGUGGGAUGGGGAAGAAGGUCUUAAGGAGGAGGAUAGGAGGCCAUCAACCCUUGGGCCCUCACAAGAACUCCAGGAAACCCAUCCCACAAAAAGCACCAACUACAGAGAUGUGGACGACAUGUCAGCAGUGAUGACAGACAGGGGAAACAAUGAGCAGGAGGAAGAUGAGGAAGAGGAAGAAGUGGAGGGGGUUGCUGAUGAUUUGGAGGAACCAAAAGUACAUCGGCAGACUGUUCAGCAUUCACAUUCGACUGAUUUAAUGCAAAAUAAGCUGACAUGUGGUGAAGAGAGUCUUAAGGGUUGGCAGGGAAAGACAGAGUCUUCCUCACUUGCUGGGCAAGAACUAGAGGUUGAUCCUGAUCUUGACCUUGACCCCGACCCUGAUGGUGACCUUGAGGUGGAUCACCACGGAGAGUCAUAUCCCUGUCAGCACUGUGAGCGCCGCUUCUCCACCAGACAGGGCCUGGAACGUCACAAUCACAUUCAUGCCAUCACUAACCAGCAAACACAACUGUUCAAGUGUCGGUACUGCAGUAAGUCCUUUGGUUCACAGGUGGGGAGGCGGAGGCAUGAGAGAAGACAUGAGAGUGGGCCUAAAAAAAGGCCUGGCUCGCUGGCCGGGACUGCUGGUCUGCUUAGUUCUGUGUUGCAGACUGACGGUUCAAGUCCAGACUGCACAAGUCCAACGAGUCACUAUAUAGCCAUAGGGUCUCAGUUUACUGGAGGAUCCUUGCACAAAUCUGAGAUGCAGAGAAAGGAAUUGGGGCUUCAUGUCGACCGUCCCUUUAUGUUGGAUGAAAAUGGGGAGUCUAAGGAACUCCACCCCUGCAAGUACUGUAAUAAAGCAUUUGGUACACAUACCAACAUGCGCAGACAUCAACGCAGAAUACAUGAACGACACUUGUUACCAAAGGGAGUUCGCAGGAAAGGCAUGCUGCUGCAAGAGGCUUCUGCACAACAGCAGCCUGAUGAGUCCCCCAACACCAGCCCUCCGCCUGUUUACGUGCCCAGUGCGGACACGGAAGAUGAGGUAGACAGGGAUGAUUACGUCGUUGACAUAUCCAAAAACAUCUCGGAGAAUUUGAGCUUCUACAUUGAUGGUAAGAUUGUAUCCACCAGUACGGUGAGCAGCUGUGAGGUGAUAGAGGUGGACUCCAGAUCUGCAGCGCUGUUUGGUCUGGACACGGUCAUCAUCAGUCCAAAUCAGAUCAGCCAGGCACUGAAGGUGGAGGGUAGAACCAGUGCUGCAAAGCAAGUCUCUAACAUUGGCCAGCCAGCAGGGAAAAGAAGAACAUCUACCCCCCCACUUGUUCCCAACCUGAAAGUGGAAACAGAAACUUCAUCUUUCACAGCCUCUUCUUCGUCGUCAUCAUCCUCUACAUCUUCCUCGUCUAACUUGUUAAUGGGAGGACUAUUCCAACAAGCUGCAGAUUCAUCAACAUUUCAGCGAGAGAAAACAGUUUAUUUGUCACCUAAGCUCAAGCAGCUCCUUCAGACACAAGACAUUCAAAAAUCAACAAUUACUCUGAUAACAGAAAGCCAUAGACUGGCCUCCCCGCUGUCAGUCACGCCCUUGCCAGGAGUUUCAGGAAGGUUCAAAAGAAGAACAGCCUCUCCCCCAUCUUCUCCACAACUCAGUCCUGCAUGUAAAACAGAGAGCUGUAAAGCGGAGGUCACGAGCUCAUUCACCCUUAAGGUGCCAAAGUUAGAAAGCCGCGGCGCAUCACCUCCUGGGAGCCUGAUGGACAAGGAGGAUGCAGACAGCCUGAGCCUUACUGGAAAUAAUAUUCACAGCCAAACUUCCAGCAGUGGUGGUAAUUCCUGUAAUCAGCAGCCCUUGGAUCUGUCAAACUCUGUGAGCAGGAAGAGUGACGGUUUGAACAAGGUGCUCGGGGAUUCAGCUCUUGAUUUAAGCGUACAUCGGAAGAGCAGCGCCGAGCCUGAAUUAAAGGGAAGUUUAGCGCCACAGCCACUGAUUAAAAAGAAAAAGCCCAACACAAGCAUGCUUGAGAAAGUGCUUAUGAAUGAGUAUGUAGGUCUUACUUUGCCAGCAGAGGACGGCACUUCAACCUUACCAAACAUUAGUUGUGUUAAUUCUCCGUCAUCAAAUGUUGUGUCGGAGUCUGCUCACCCCUCUCCACCCUCUUUGACCCCUGUCAUCAUGAACCCCUCUUCCCCUGGUGGAUCCAGUGUUGCUUCCCUGACACCGCCUCCCCCUGUGCUUCCUACCAUACCAUCUCCCCUAGCUAUGCCUAGCUCGCCACUUUCUCAGCCUUCAGACUUUACAGCACCUAGACCACUUCCUGUCCUUUCACCAAAAAUGUCUCCAAGAUCAGUUGAACACACGCUCCAAUCAGACUCAGAGGAGAUAAUGUCAGCUGAAGAAAACGAAGAAGAGGAAGAGAACCACAUCCCUGAGCCAUCACAAUUCCAAAAGACUCCACUUAAAGAUGCCCUUAAUUUUUGCACCUCUGAGCCAACACCAGUAGAACUUCCAGCUACAGAAGCAGAUGUUUCUAUGACUGACACUUCAAACAGGCUGCUAAAUGGCAAAAUAAACCUCAACUAUGAAUCUGUUGCAGAUAAUUGUCUUGCACCUUCUUCAUCUCAGCCUGAGCCCUCAUCUUCCUCAUCACCUCUGUCUCCAGCACCACGUGAUCCAUCCCCAGCACCAGUAUCGCCAUCCCUCCCUCUGGUGAAGAUUAAAGCAGAGCCACAGUACAGCAUAGAUGAGCUGCCAGUUCUGAAUCAUGCAACUCAGGAUGUUGCAGACUCUUCACCUAAGCCUGCUGUUCCUGACAAACCAUCUGAUAAAACCUCGGAAGGGGAGGAAGUCGAUGCGACAUUCUGCAAGACCUUUGUGUGUAAUGUCUGCAAGGAGCCGUUCAACUCCAUCAAAGAGCUCAGUGGACACAUUUCGGAGCACGCUGCCGACUGGCCGUUCAAGUGUGAAUUCUGUCUGCAGCUGUUUGGUGACACCCCAGCCCUGCUGGCUCACCGGACGGCGCUACACGGAGUUGGAAAGAUCUUUGUGUGCUCUGUGUGUUCCAAGGAGUUUGCUUUUCUUUGUAACCUCCAGCAGCACCAGAAGGAUCUGCAUCCAAACGAGACAUGUUCACAUACCACUGUAGAGAGUGGCAAGCUUAGACCACAAAACUACACAGAUCCAUCCAGAGCCAAAGAGGAAAGCUGUCCAUCAACACCAGCACCAGAGGCGACUGAUGAAGCUGCUCCACAAAAUGACGACUCUGAUUUAGCAAAAGAAGAGCCUGAUGUUAAUGGUAAUCAUACAGAGGAAGGAGCGGAGGACCCCAAUGAGGAGCUGUACACUACAAUAAAGAUCAUGGCCUCAGAAGGAGGCAAGCCAAAAGGCCCUGAUGUCCGCUUAGGCAUUAACCAACACUACCCAAGUUACAAACCACCUCCAUUUCCUUAUCACAGCCGUUCACAUGCUGGCUCUGUGGCCUCAGCCACUAACUUUACCACUCACAACAUACCACAAACUUUCAGCACUGCCAUUCGCUGCACCAAGUGUGGCAACAGCUUUGACAACAUGCCCGAACUGCACAAGCACAUUUUGGCCUGUGCAAACGCAAGUGAUAAGAAGCGUUACACACCCAAGAAAAACCCCAUCCCCCUCAAGCAAAUAGUUAAGAGUCCUAAUGGGGUUGCGUCGCCCAUAGCAGCCACUGUAGGCCACAGUGCUUUCCGCAGAAUGGGUCAGCCAAAGAGACUUAACUUUAAUCAAGAUACAGGUAAAACAAAAAUGAGUGCCCUCAGUAAAAAGAAAAACCAGCUGGUGCAGAAGGCAAUUUCACAAAGAAAUAAAGCUGCCACCAGUGCAAAGAAGGCCGUCAUUAAAGUGGAAGAAGAGCCGGCCUCUAAUGUCUGCCCCCACUGCAGCCGUGAGUUUACCUAUCCUGCAAGUCUCAGUAAACAUAUGGCCAUCAGCUGUCCCAUGAAGCCUGUUGUUAAAAAGGGCAAAAAGGGUCCUGCAGAGGUUAAAAAAGAGGCAGUGUCUGUGGUAGAUAAAAACAUGAAUCUUAGAAAGAAAGCUUCAGACUGUGAAAUACUGCAGAUAGUGCCAGAGUCCAAACCCCUAGGAAAGACCAGAGCUCGUAGCUCUGGUGCAGCAGAACCUGAAUCCACCCAGACCAGCAAAGGAAAAACAGCCGCUACCCAGGGCCGUCAAAAGAGGCCUGCCUCGUUCCCAGCACCAGUUCCUGCUAGCAAAAAAACUAAGAAGGGCCAAGUUCAGUCUCUACCUCCCACCCCUACAGCCCCGGAAACUCCCAGUGACACGGCACCACAACGACCAGCCAUGAGAAUGCAGCGUGCGGGUAAGGAGGCAGCACCCAAGAGAUUAGCAGAGGCCAAGACGCCAACAACACAACAGCUGAAGAAAGAGGUGCGGUUACCACCUCGAACAAGGGAGAGAGUAGGUGGUCCAGUCACCAGGAGCUUACAAAUGGCCAGCACAGCUCCUUCUGCUGACGUGAAAACUGAGGAACCACCAAUUCAAGAGCCAAAAGAGACUCAGGAGUUUCUGAUGAAGUAAGCCAUGUGGACUCUUUUGAUCUUCCUGGGAUUAUGGUUCUCACCUCUCAGUUCUGGACUAAUCAAGGCACUGACAGCACCGAGGUGGCUCUUCAGUGGUGGGCUCAAUCACUCAAAAACAAGUGGAGUCUGCUUCUCUCACCUGCCUUUGUUGGAUUUAAGGAGGGAACUCUCUUUAUCUUCCAUCUUUUGAACUGAACUGAGCCUUGAUUUUAGCCAGCCUAGCAAAAAAAAGGAAACUGUACAUGACAAUGAGUUAAUAUAUACGAAAUGUGUCAUUACUUGACCCAAAACAGUAACAUUAGGGCUCCGUUAUUCUGGGAAGCUGAUAUAUUGCAAAAGGCAAUCAUGUAUCAGUUAGGGUUAGGGACUUGUUUAUUCUUUCGUUCCGUCUUUUCCCCGUUUGUUUAGAUUUCUGGAUGUUUCCAGAAUCUCUUGAUGCAUGUGCUGAAUAGAUAAUUAACUAGAUAAAGCCAAUUUCCAUGUCUUUCCCAAUGGGCACCUACUUCAGUUUAUACAUGAUUUACAAAGUAUGUAUGUUUGAUUUUAAUUUCUGUAGUCAUUAUAUUGUAGAAUAUAUCUUGUUGGCAAAUUUUUGUUUUGGAAACAAAAAUAGAAAUGGCAGUUGUUCACUGCAACAAUUGGUCCUCAGGAACACUGUAUAUGUGUGCGUGGUAAGUAUGUGUAUGGUUGGAUGUGUGGCCGGACAACUUUUCCUUUAGCCUAAAUCGCCAGUAUGUGUCAUGUUUUUUCUUUUUUUCUCAGAAGUUUUUCCUCAUUUGACUUAAAUAGGGAAUUCCAGCUGUAGAGUGAUGGGGAAUUAUGUUGAAGUCUCUUUAAAAAAAUAAUUUGUCACCCAUUCAACCUAGUGUUCGUACAGCACUUUAAAUUGAACUGCCAAAUUUCUUUUGCUUGAUCAGUAAGAUUGGCUUAAUUAAAUGGGAAAUCAUGGAAUGUAUUCAGGUCUGUUGCACCUUACAGACACGUGUGCAUCAGUCAUCAAAAAUUAAAAAAAACUCACAGCCUUUCUGCUAACAAAUCUCAAGGGAUUUAACGUACAAUGACACAUGAACCAACUUUUAUAUGCUUGAAUGCAUGAUGAUAACUCUAAUAGUUGAAUGCAGCAGUGUUUUGUAUUUUAUGUCCUUUGUAAGUGGACUAAACAAAAAGAUGUUUCAUGUGUCGUUUUUCUUUCCAGAGCCCUGCCACAGUAACGUAACUGAUGGACAAUGUCAUCUUUAUUUGUUUCUGUGAGUUCAUAUUUUUAGGAAACCUGCCAAUGCAAAGCUUCUUACUUUUUUUAGUGUCCCCAGUGUUCAUCCCUACUUGGUCACUCCCGGUCCAACCACAGAGACAGCAGACACACAGGCAGUGCUUUAACACUUGUAGCAUGUUAUUGGGAAAGUCAAUUGAUAAAUAUGAUUUGAAGCUAAUUUAUAUUUCCAUGAGAAAUCUUCAUGUUUUUCCUUUCAGCAUCAAGAUUAUGUAUUUUAAGGAUGAACAAAGACAAAAAUCCCGAAUGACCUCAAGUAAUAAACAUUGCUAUAAUUGACAUAAUAAAAAAAUGUUUUUCAAUUUC